AUGGAAGCUUCACCCAAUGAUCGACUUCAUUUUGGCGUCAUGGGUUUCGGGUGUGACCAUUACAGGAGGAGAUGCCAAAUCAGAGCUCCAUGUUGCAACGAAGUCUUCGCUUGUCGCCAUUGUCACAACGAGAGCACUAGCACAUUGCGUAAUAUCUACGACCGUCACGAGCUUGUUCGUCAAGACGUUAAACAAGUGAUUUGUUUUGUUUGCGAUACAGAGCAGCCGGCAACUCAAGUUUGCUCCAACUGUGGUGUCAACAUGGGAGAGUAUUUCUGCAAUAUCUGCAAAUUCUAUGAUGAUAAUACUGAAAAACAACAGUUCCAUUGUGAUGACUGUGGAAUUUGCAGGAUUGGUGGCCGUGAGAAUUUCUUUCAUUGCAAGAAAUGCGGAUCUUGUUAUGCGAUCGGUCUGCGCAACAACCAUCAAUGCGUUGAGAAUUCAAUGCGGCAUCACUGUCCCAUUUGUUACGAGUAUCUCUUUGAUUCUCUUAAAGACACAACAGUGAUGAAAUGCGGACACACGAUGCACUGCGAAUGCUACCACGAGAUGAUCAAGCGUGACAAGUUUUGCUGUCCGAUUUGCUCGAGGUCAGUGAUUGAUAUGUCAAAAACAUGGCAGAGAAUGGAUGAAGAGAUCGAAUCAACUGCUAUGCCUUCAGAUUACCGCGACAAAAAGGUUUGGAUACUAUGCAACGACUGUAACGACACAACAGAAGUGUACUUCCACAUAAUCGGACAGAAAUGUGGACAUUGCAGAUCUUACAACACGAGAGCAAUUGCACCUCCUGUUCUUCCUCAAUGA